UUGGCGUUGAUUCCCAGUCGACGUUUCUGAGGGUUGACGCUUAGCGAGUUUCGCCCUUCCGAGUCUUCAGAAGGGAGUACCAGUCGCAGCAAAUUCUGGUUGUCGCCUGUCCCACUGUCUUGCCGCAAGCCCACCUCUGAGAUUGGUGGCAGGCGAGCCAAGAUGAGGGAAGCGAAUUUCAGCAUACCCAAUGUCAACAAGGCAUCCGUGGGCAUCACCACGGCCUUGUAUGACCGACGAGCACUCGAUUGCACAUCCACUUUGCCCCUAAUUAAUUCGCUAAAUCACCUUGCGUAUCUCACCACGUCAUCCGCUCGCAUCCGCGACAUCCUCACGGUCGAUGGCGGCAUCGAAAAGCUUGUCUGUAUCCUGAAGCAAGGGCGCAGCAAAGACAUGAUGGACAUGUGGAAGUGGAAUCUGGCCUUUCAGUGCGUCGUCAACAUAGGCGUUAGGGGCACAGAGGCUGUCCGGACCCGCGUCGUCGAGGCCGAUAUGGUCCCUGUGAUUGCGACAAUUCUUGACAAUUACAUCAAGGUCAUCGAGAAACUCCGAGAAAAGGCAGAGGAGGCCAGAAGGGCGGAGCGUCACCGGCUCGGCGGGAGCAGCCGCGUUCAUAAAUCAUCUAGUUUCUCUUCCAGGGCCGGGAACCUGGAUGUGGACCAGCGAACAUUUCGGCGGCAAGCACCUCCACCGUCGAUUGAUGUGUCUGCGGCCUUGGCCGGCCCGUCGACGGCGGUAGUCCAUUCGAAUGGUGAUGUGACACCAACUGCGCCGCAGUUUCAAGUGACACCGCCGCCGGACCGGACCCCCUUGACUGCCGACAUACCGCACCAUCACGGCCGGCCCCAUGACUCGCGCCACACGAUUCCCUCUCCCCCUCCCUUCACUGCCCAGUCGCUCGCGCCUACCGUGCCAUCCAUGGAUACCGCCGGCGGGUUUCUCAGGCCGAUUCGGGACACCGAUCGCCUCGUUGGCAUGCUUCCGUUCCCUCGGUCGACGUUGGCUUCUCAACCCGCUUCGCCUACAACCCCUUUACCGCCCCCUCAGCUUCGGUCUCCCACCGUGCGACCCGCCUCCAUCCUUGCGCCUUCGUUGCGGCCCCGAAGACGGCCGUCGAUCCGCCACCAGCACUCGACCGGCGCCGAGACAGAUGACAUGAACGCCGAUAGCAUCGUGUCCGAUGAGUCUCAGGAUACCGAGAUGUCUGGCACUGGAGAUAUGCAACCCGCCGUUGGCGUCCAAGAGAUUACCGUAGAGGACGGUGAAAGCAUCAUGGGUGGUGGCGGAAUCGAACUGACGACCCCUACUGUCUCCGAAACUCAAGAAGCCGGGACUUUCAACAUUACACACCAAGGUCCAGUCGACGGCAGCGUUCCCACAAACAAUACCCCCACGCCAGUCCCUACCAUCGGCUUCUCUCCUAAUCGACCCACUUUAGUGAGCCCGCCGCAACCGAGUUUGCCAAACGCCAGCGUCCCGCGUUAUCUACUUGAUCGCCAACUGAGCCCGAAUCCUCAGUUGCUCGCUGCCAUGCCGAGGGAAGAAGAUGUGUUGAUGUCGCUUCAGCUUCUGGCGUAUGUUUCAAAGUAUUGCAAUCUCCGAAAGUAUUUUCAAAAGAGUCACCUGGUUCCCAAACUCAAGAUUGGGAAAGAGAUCCGGCUUCUGGACGGUGUCGAUCCGGCCGCCCUCGAGGCCGAACUGGAGGAAGACGAUGAGACAUGCGAGGAGGAGUACUUGCUCCCGAACGACCUGAACAUUUUCCCGCUUGUGGAGAAGUUCACGAUCCGGUACCACAGCACCGACAUGCAAUACUGGGCCGGGGUAGUUAUGAGAAACCUGUGCCGGAAGGACGACACGCGCGGCGGCAUCCGGCAGUGUGCCUACUACCAGUGCGGCAAGUGGGAAGAGUACACUCGGCAGUUUGCGAAGUGCCGCCGCUGCCGACGGACCAAAUACUGCAGCAAGGAGUGCCAAAAGAGCGCAUGGGCAUACCACCGCCACUGGUGCAUUGCCGCGUCACAAUAAUAUGGAAAGCGCUUCUUUAAAAUCAUGGUCGUUAUUGAUACCCUUCAGGUUUUCCUUCCCUUUCCCGGAAUACCUCUUUGCAUGGCGUUAUUCCAUAAUGUCUACUGGCAAACUUUUAGUUGGCUGGCUCCGAGCCUGGCAUGACGAGACACUGCAAAGCAAAGCAGAGCAGAGCACUUCAUCUCUGCCGCAGAGCACACGGCACAUACACAUACAUUACAUACUCCUUAACCCCGGCAUGGCA